CUUCCUACCUUCUGUUUAUCAGAUUGAUAUAAAGCUAGCUCUCUCUCUCCCUCUAGCAAAGUCGAGGACGCCAGCCACGAGAGAGAGAGACGGGUGAGUGUGGGUGGGUGGGGAAAGAUAAAGAUGGUGAAGUUUCUGAAGACGAACAAGGCGGUGGUACUGCUGCAGGGGCGGUACGCAGGGCGGAAGGCGAUGAUCGUGAGGUCGUUCGACGACGGGACGAGGGACAGACCGUACGGGCACUGCCUGGUGGCGGGGAUAAAGAAGUACCCGAGCAAGGUGAUCCGGAAGGACUCGGCGAAGAAGACGGCCAAGAAGUCCCGGGUCAAGUGCUUCGUGAAGCUCGUCAACUACCGGCACCUGAUGCCCACCCGCUACACCCUCGACGUCGACCUCAAGGACGUCGUCACCGCCGACUGCCUCCAGAGCAAGGACGGCAAGGUCACCGCCGCCAAGGAGACCAAGAAGCGCCUCGAGGACCGAUUCAAGACCGGCAAGAACCGUUGGUUCUUCACCAAGCUCAGGUUCUGAAAACAGCACAACCCCCAAUCCAGUCCCAAUCCGAGAGACUUUCAUUUCAUCAUCCUCUUGAGGAAUCAACCUAUCGCCAUUUUUUUUUUUGGUUACAUGUCGAUUUGAAUUAGUAGGAGGGUUAUUGUUGGUUGUUUAAUGCCCAAUGGAUGGAGGCUGCAUUGGCGUCGAUUCAAUUUUGAGCAUACUGUGCUGCCAUUUUGCUUUCUUUCACCGUUGUUGGACCUUGACAUCUAUCUAUAUUGUUCUAUAAUUUCAUAUUCAGCGUGGCAUGUUAACCCUUU